AUGAACUGCGACUGCUUGUCAAUUUGCAAGACGUCCAACAUCAAUUUACGCUCAUUGGUAACCUCAUAUCAAGCCGUUUUCCAAGGCUUGAUCUCUCAACUAACUAGUGAGGAUUAUGUGAUGUUGUUGAAUGACAAGAUAACUAAAGUUGGUCGGACAGUGAGUAAAUCCAGGUUGAAUUCAUUUCCCGCUGGUACUAGUACACAUAUUUCACGCGAACACUUUAGUAUCAAGUACGAUUCGUAUGGGAAUUUUACUCUGAUGUGCCUGAGCAAGAAUGGUAUAAUAAUUGAUGAAAUUUUGUGCAAGAAACGUGACCUACCAUACAUACUACCGAAACAUUGCAUCAUACGCUUUCCAAGCACAGAAACUAUAAUUCAUUUCCGAAGUUUGAUAGACGAAACCUCCCUGCUCUCUGAGACCAAUAUGGGUAGGAUUUGUAACUCUCCUUCAAAUGAUAUUUCGGACAAUGGUACAGCAAACCACAAUUUAAAUGUUAUUUCUUCAGAUGAUGAUAUGAUGAAGCAGCCAAUAUGUACUGAGAGACCACCAUACAGCUAUUCUCAGCUCAUCGUACAAGCCAUCUGCGCAUCUCCGCAAAAAAAGUUGCCGCUUUGCCAAAUCUAUUCAUUUAUCAUGGAAAAGUAUCCAUACUAUCGCGUGUUUGCCAUUAAAUCAUGGCAAAACUCUAUACGACACAACUUGAGCAUGAAAGCAUACUUUGUCAAAACACGUCAACAAGAACCAAAAAUUGGCCAUUUGUGGAUGAUACGUCCAUCUUGCGAAGCACUGCUCGUGAGUAAACGAUUUCACAAACGAUACAGUACAUCAAAUCAGUUCGAUGAAUAA